UGCUGGUCGGCGACGGCGCGGUGGGUAAGACCAGCCUGGUGGUGAGCUACACCACCAACGGCUACCCCACCGAGUACAUCCCCACCGCCUUCGAUAACUUCUCAGCACACACAUACAAGCUUCUCGAUCUUUUGGAAAGUCAUGAUGGCAAGGACUUGCUUUCAUCCACUUGGAAGGCACCCUAGAAACCUCAGAGCAGCGCCCUGAUGCAGGCCCCUCCCCAGAUACCCCUUCCCAGUGGAAAGGACAAUGGGGGCAGCCUGUGUUUGCACGUGUUCUAAAAACAAGCCGCACUUUUAUGAUAAACCCGAAAGUCACCGAACGUUUCCCAAGGGAAAACAAUUAUUUGUGAGAUUUUCCACUGACUUAAAGCUGCAAGCUGUGGUUUCCGUGGAUGGGCGGCCCGUGAGACUCCAGCUCUGUGACACUGCAGGACAGGAUGAGUUUGACAAGCUCCGGCCUCUGUGCUACACCAGCGCCGACAUCUUCCUCCUGUGCUUCAGUGUCGUGGGUCCCUCCUCCUUCCAGAACGUCAGUGAGAAAUGGGUGCCAGAGAUUCGGUGCCACUGUCCCAAAGCCCCCAUCGUUCUCGUGGGGACGCAGUCGGAUCUCAGAGAGGACGUCAAAGUCCUCAUCGAGCUGGACAAAUGCAAAGAGAAACCCGUGCCCGAGGAGGCGGCCAGGUUGUGCGCUGAGGAGAUCAAAGCCUCCUCCUACAUCGAGUGCUCGGCCUUGACUCAGAAGAACCUCAAAGAGGUCUUUGACGCAGCCAUCGUCGCCGGAAUCCAGUACUCGGACUCUCAGCAGCAGCCCAAGAAGUCCAAGAGCAGGACUCCGGACAAGAUGAAGACGCUGUCCAAGUCCUGGUGGCAGAAGUACUGCUGUUUCGUAUGAUGCUGGUGGGGCCCCGACGGGCUGUGUUCCGACGAACUCCACAUUAGAGGCUAUAUUAGCUGAAACAACUCCUUUGACCACGUAGAACCUGUAUAGAGAAUGCGCGUGUAUAUGGAUUAUAGGAGGUGCUCCAAUGUAUGUAUCCUUUCUUGCCUUUGACCUUCUCGUUUGUUUGAGCUGAGGGAUGAGAUACUUAUGCAAGAGAUUUUUGAAGUAAGUUAAGCAUUUGUCGUGACUCUGGAAAUUUAGAGCUCUAGACCUUUGGAUUAAUUUAUAUCUAAUAUGAAAAGGCACCUCAGAUCUGGGCGUCCAGAGUGAAAUUUUGCCACGAGAUAAUGCACAGAAGAGCAAAGAGGAAGUGGCAUGCUUAGCUGUCCCUUGAUUGAGGGCCAGCUACGGUCAGAGUAACUCUUAGCCUUGAAACCUCAUACUUUUCCCCCUUUUUUUAAGGAGCAAAAAUCUGAGAAAAAAAAAGAGAGAGACCUGCCUAUAAAACCUCAAAUCAGUCACUUUGGUUGUAUUCUUAUACCCGGUUGCUUAAGAUUUAAAAGCAACCAACAGAAAAACAUGCCACUAACUAUGGUGCUCUGUAGACCAAAAAGGAGAAGUUGUUGAUGGGAGUUUUUCAUCCUGAGACUGUAUCAACAGCCCAAAUGCCGCGAGGAGUGUAGCAAGCGAUAGCUCUGUUUUCUUUAGGGAGGGAUUCACGUUGAGAUCAGAGCACGG